CGCCCUCUCAACCACCGCUCCCUCCCUAUAUUCCCCUAACCCUCUCCAUUGCACCACCUUGGCUCACCUUCCACUCCUCCCCCCAUGGGAAACUUCGUUUCCUGCCAGGAAGCGGAUGGCGGCGGCGGCUGCGGCGGUAGCGGCGGCGGCGGUUGGGGGAAGAUCGUGCUGACCAACGGUACGGUCCACGAGUUCGACCGCCCGAUCUCUGUGGCCGAGCUCAUGCUCGAGCACCCGAGGCGGUUUGUAGUUGAAAUGCACUCGCUCUCCGCCGGCGCGACAAGCGUGACCCCGUUGCCGGCCGACCACACGCUGGACCCCGGCAAUGCCUACCUCAUGUUCCCGAUGACUCGUGGGAAGCUGUCGGCCGACGAGACCCGAAAGAUCCUGUCGCUGGCUCGAUCGGUGCUGCGGUCGCAGGCUCCACCAUCUUUAGCUAAGAAACUUAGCCUGGUUACUGGCAUUUGCAUGGCAGAUGUUGCGGUGAAAGAAAUGAAGGAGAUGGCCGAGAGAAAAGAUGACAAGUUGAUGGAGAGAGAGGAGAAGGUGGGAGGGAUCGAAUGGUCGCCGGAGGUCUUCGGGCCCGAGCCGGAGUUUCUCAGCAGGCAGUUUUCGACCAAGGGGUGGAAGCCAAGUCUACGUACCAUAGAGGAGAAGGCCUUGGUGAGGAAGGUGUCUCACUGGUUGUUCUGACGAGACCGGCGAGUUGACUCGACCCGUUAGCCACGUGUCGAUAUUUCAUAGGGUUGUGUGUAGAAAAAUGAAGAAACAUACCUGUUAGAAUAUCAUGCAUAGAGGGAAGAAAUGUUUGCCGCUUAUUACGCCAGUUACCAUGCUCGUAUUAUGACCUUUCUAGGUUAUAAAAAUUGGGAGUCAAUAUAUGCGGCUUGAGAUAAGCCUAUUAGUUCCUAAUUUGUAUGCAGGUGCUAUACCACACUUUA